AUGCGGAAACACGUUUUACAAGGGGUAUUGCGGAAGAUUAGCCUGCCUCUGCGAUAUUUUUUGAGGAACAAACCUGGAUCCACCCAGAAAGAGCCGUCAGCAGGAUCUACUGAGGAUGUCGAGAUCCCUACUGCGAAUCCAGCCCUUCAGCCAACUCCAGAUCUUCAGCCAACUCCCGCCCUUCAGCCAGCUUCAGACCUUGCGCCGUAUCUUGAACGCGUCUUUGCCACCCAACGACGCACCAUGGGCAGAGUAAAGAGUUACAAAGUAACAAUUCGGCAAGCUGAUCCCGUUCCAGAGCAGCACGCUGAGUUAAUUGGGAGUCCAAAAGCCAACGAGUCGGAUGUCCAAAUCAAUGAUGGGGCUGCCAUGCGCACUGAAUCAAUCAUGGCUGAAGUAACUUACGAGCAGACACCGUCCAAGUCUGCUGAGGACGGUCAUUUGUCCCAGACAGCCGUCGAAAGUGGCACGGUCGCACGUGCGCAAGUCCCAUCAUGGCGCCAGGUCGCAACGGAUGACAAGUUGAACGGUCCUGGUCCAGAGAUUCGAGAUGUGGAUUUGCCAUCCAGAGCCAAUCACUUGGAGGAGAACAACCAGCAACAUGCGGCCGUCGGAAAGAGACAAAAGUAUGUUAGAUUUGACACGACACGGAACCAGACUAUCGUGCUUGAGACACAGCAGACUCCAGUCAGAGGGUCUGACAGACAGUCUCAGAUCCAAGUGCCUGCGCUCCAGCAGCAUCGUCCUGUCGUGUUUGAGAUACAGCAGACUACAUCCAAAGGGUCUGAUCAAGAGUCCGGGGUCCAAGUGCCUGCGCCCCAGCAGCAUCGGCCCGUAAGGCGAAACAGGGCGGGCACUAACCAGAGCUCUGAUAUACUUGCCAUGGUAGAGCGGAUGUCCUACGGUCCUACAUACCACUACAAUCCUUGGUACGACUACAACCCUAGAUACGACAUGAUGGACGGAGGCCAGACAAGACAAAACAGCACGCAUCGAAGACUUUCGGAUCUCUGGACAUCAGUCCACAUCGAGUUCGAUCGGGUCAAGACCCCUGGAGCUCCAAUGAAGCCGACAAACGGACUUUGCGCAGCAACAGAACCACCCUCGACGACUAUCACUGACCAAGCGCAGGGAUGCAAAUGGCUUGUGCAGAAAGCUUCCAUGCACCUGGGACGUAUCCGUCAGAUCAAGCGGCUGCCGAAGACUCAUAGGGCUAACGGUGUUGGUCUGGAUAACGCCACAUGCCGACUACCUUGCGUCGUGAUGGCAUAUCUUUUCAGUGGCUUCACGGAAAAAGGUGGUCUGGAACUUAUGCUCGGAAUCUGUUCGGUCAUUUCGCGCAGCCAGCGAGAUUGCAAACAGGAUCCUCAACAUCCAUACAAUAAGGUCGAGCAACCCAAACACCUCAUUCCAAUUGAGCCAAAUGGCCCGAACCUAGGGGCAACCCCAAGCAAGGUCUGUUUGGAGAGGGGCCGCUUCAGCAAGCCCAGCUGGAUCGACACAAGCAAAAUAUACUACGUACCAGCGGGUCUCCUUUAUGAGGGCAGAUACUCAAAUGCGCGACUGUCAAAGGGACCGUGGCUCAAGAUGAGAGAAGCCUUAUUUCUGGGAUCAUUGGCGGAGGAGAGGGCGAGGUUUGAGAGGGCGUUUGAUCUGUAUCAGGCUAGACACAACAGACAGAGACAAAAUGUCGUUGCCGCCACUCCCGUUUGCCAGGAUUGGCGGGCAAUCCUUUGGGCGCCAAAGAAGAAGAGACAGGUACCCGGUACACAUCAGUGA